UUUGUCGGUUGUAUUUUUAAAAAAAUAUGUUUCUACUAAAAACUAUGUUCAAAGUGAUAUUCUCUUUAGUUAUUACGCAAGCUUUUUGCAAUAAUUACAUAGCUUUAAAACAGAUAAAUCGAGGAAAUCUGAAAGCACCAAGUGAUAUAAUUUUCAACAGAUCAAGGAUUUUUGAUCCAAAAGAAAGUUACAAAAAAGAAGAAAAUUUUCAAAAUAAUUCUUCUUUACUUAAAAAUAAAGAAGAUUUCACAAAAUCAGGAUUGGGAAAAAGAUCCACACUUUCUUCACGGACAGAAGAAGACACUAAGUUUGUUCCUACAAAGAUAUAUACACAAGUGAGAGCAUCCCAUGUCAUAGAGCGAGUGCCGCGUCAAGAGGCUAUUAAUGAAGAUGCAUCCGAAGAAAGUAAAGAAAAUGCAGCGAAUUUAAAGGAGGUAAUAACAAAUAAAAAAAUUUCAACCGUUUAUACUGAAGAAGGUUACGAAGAUGCCGCAUACGAUCAUGGAGGGCGUUUACGGGAUGCAAAUUAUAACGAAGAGUAUGCAAAGAAAUUUUAUAAUCAUAAUGUAAAAAAAGCAGCAAAUCCUCAUCCAAAUUCUGCAGACGAAGACAACUUUCAUACUUAUGGUAAAUAUCCAAAAACAUUCAAAAUUGUACCGAAUUCUGUAAAUAAAAGAGAGAAAACAAAUAAAAAGGACAGGCAAACAGACAAACACUUUAGGAAAUUUUUAAAAUCUAGAACAUACCCUAAGCUAGUAGUGGACCAAGGAAUAAAGCAACUGGAAAGAGAUGUCGAAAAUAAUUAUUCAUACGAACCUUCAAAAGUAUCACAUUUACAAUACGCUGAUGAUUCCGACAAUGUCAAAGAAGGGCAGCAGUUAAAGCCAGAUAUUAGGCAUAUUUCUAAAAAGAAAUCAAGGAAACGAUUAAAUAAUGACGCGAAGAAAUCAAAAAGAAAUUAUACGACACUUGAAAGAAACAAAUAUAAUAAAAAUGAUCUUGUGCUCAACAUAAGUCCAAAUACUUCGAAAGUAGUAGAAACUGUUAAAAAAUUUGAUAUAAAACCAAACUCUACGAUUAAUUCUAAUUAUUACACUGGUACUACAUUGAGAAGUAUAGUAAAUGAACUUCCUUCUACCCCUAAUUACAGUAAUAUAUAUGACAAUUUUUUCAAGAAAGAAGGAGUCAAAAGUACAAAACUACAAAACUUGAAGGAAUUAGGGGACAAAACUUCAAUUAAACCUGAUCCACUUUUGUCAGAAAAUGUAAAAUUAUUAACAAAGCAAGAGUCUGAUCAUUUGAAAAACAUUUCUGCAAAUAAAUCUAGAAAUAUACCAUUUGAACAUAAAGGUCAUAAACAUUUUACUAUUAAUUCAAUGCCACGUUACAGAAAGUCAUCAAAUAUCGCAAAAACUAAAAAAUAUCCCUUAAAAAAUAAUUCAAAUUUUAAAAUAAAUUACAAUGAUUCACUUUCAAAUACAGCAGUCAUUUUACCUGUAUUUCAACAAUACUUUCAAUCAACAGAAGGCAUUAAUCCUUCAGAUUUUUUAUCAACUAUUUCAUCAGAUGAACCAUUUUUCAAUACGUUACAUUUUUAUCCGAUUCAAAAUAAAUAUUUGAUUCGUAAGAAACGCAGCAGACGAAGGGAAUACGAACAUCGGAAAAUUGAGAGAAGUUUCAAUAAACCUUCCAUUAGAGUAAAUAACAAACAAAAAUAUCCUUUUUCCAGGAUAGUAACUAAUGAAGUGUCAAUUCCAAAAAAAACUUUUGGUGGAAUGGAAUUUUAUGAAUCUCGAAAGUCUUUAUGUAAUGAAGUAAAUCCAUACGUGAAAGAAUUAGAUUCAUUGAAUAAAAAUUCGUCGAGAAAUCAAGAACUCAGUACAAAGUCUUCCAGACUUCCCGGUUUGCAAACACAAUUUGAAUGUUUGAAGGAAAAAUAUUUUGAUAAUUUAAAUAAUCCUCUUUUCUCGAUGUCACAAAUGGAACAACCAAUUUUACCGCAUGUACUGCAUAAAAUGAAAUUAAUGUCUAAAAAAUUGAGAUCUUAAAGAAAAAAAUGACUUGGAAGUAAAAUAGUUUCUUCAACAAAAAGUGUUUAAUAUAAAAUUAUUAAAAUAGAAUUACUUGAUAGAAACUACCAAUAUCAAAAGGAAAGGAAUUUCAAGAAAGUAUCUUUUUUAAACGAAGAGCAUGGAAGCAGUAAACUUUUAUAAUCCAUCGGAAACAGUUAAAAUUAUCAAGUGGCAAUUAUUAGCGACAAGAGCAAAAUUAAGGUUGAAACUAUUGUGAUUAUAAAUUAAGAUUUAGUGAGGGGGAAUAAUUUAAAAUUAUAUAACGGAUUAAAUUUAGAACAGUAUAUCUUCACUCUUGAAAAUCUCCUCGAGAAUUCUUCAAGUGUGACGAUUAAUGUCAUUGAUUUCGUUAUCGUUUUUAAUGGUUUGCAAUUUCAAUUGAGACUUAUCAUUUAUAUAUCUGCUGGAUUCAACGAAUAUGGAUAAUUACAUCAACUUAUUUGAUACUUGCUGCAUUAGCCGUUCCUUAGAAGAAACACAUCAUGAAAAAUAUCGAAAGAAUUGAUUCAUCAUUAAUGGUAAACAAAUGAAAAAAGAAUUUUUGUAUGAUAAGUAUUUUUUUGACAAUUAAUUUAGAAAAUUAAUUUUUGACAAUUAAUUAAUUUUAGAAUUAUGUGACACAAUAUGUCUAAAUUUUUAAAUUAGUUACAAAAAUUGUUGCUCUUUUUAAAACUAUGUAUUGACUUUAUACGAUUUUAAUAAAAACAAAUUUUAUAAUUAAAAAGAUGUCUCAAGACUUAAAACAAUUUCAAGCUGAAUAACUUCCUAAAAGAACAACUACACAUAUUAAAAUAAAAUUUGUUACACAAAUAUUUGGGAAAACUGAAGUUUAAAAUGAGGUUUUAUAAAUAGAGUCUAAAAUUGAAAUUAAAAGCGAAUGUUUCUUGAAGUGUUGAAAAAACUAAUGUAAAAAGAAACUGUGAAAUUUCGGUAAAAAGUGAAAUGGGAUGUGCAUGACUAGGUUCAUAAUGAAAGUCACAAUGCUUCGCACUUGGGACAGUCACUGAAACGAUAAAACCAAUCAUGCUUGACUUUGUUUAUUUAACCUCAUGAAACGUGAUUUCAAAAAUUAUACGGGAAGAAUUUUCAUUUCAUAAAAAGUAAAUACUAUUUUGUGAAUAUUGUAUUGAUCAAUUGCUCCCUAAUAGGAAGCUUUAUUUCAGUAAAAAUAUUCAAAUGUCAUUUUUAAUCAUUUAGAUGUUUUUCGACCACAGGAAUUUAAAGUGAUAUUUUUCUAUAUUUUUACAAAAUGUCCCAAUGUGGAUUUCUUUGAGAAAGACCUAGAAGUUAUUGAAUUAACCAAAUUCAGACUUCGCACUCGAUAAUUAAUUUUAAAAAAGUAGCAAAAAGAAGCUUUCAAACUUUCUGUGAAAGAUUUUAUUAUUUAUGAAAGUAAUUGAAU